AUGGCCAGCUACCGCUUGCUGGUCCAGCUGCUCUCCGGCACCUUCGACUGUUGCGAGUUCCUCCACAUCUCGCAUGCAGAAAAUGAAGGCGCUGGCACACUAGCCAAGAUCGGCUCAUCCCUGCAGGCCAUACCGUCUGGUGUCUCCCUCGAGCACCUGCACAAGCGGUUCAUCAAGCUGGCUCCGGAUUCUGAGUCCAUCUUCAUCCCGGACGACCCUGCAGUGCCCCUCCCCAAUCCAGACCCUGGGGCUGCCGGUCCAAGCUCGGGGGCUGCCAUCUCAGACCGGGUCCCGGGGGCUGCGGAACCCGGUCCGGGGACUGCUGAUCUCGGCCCGGGGACUGCCGAUUCCAACCCGGGGGCUGCCAAACCUGACCCGGAGGCCACCACACUCAACCCGGUCACUGUCGUCCCUGACCCGGGGGCUGCCGCCUCUGGCUCGGGGGCUGCCAUCCCGGAACCCGUCUUGGUGGCUUUCGUCACCAUGCCAAUCCUAGCAUUCCUGGAGGACGUAGUACUCCCCAUGGACGAGACCGAGGCCCAGCAAGUGCAAUGCCGGGCGUCCGCCUAUAGAAUCAUCAACAACAAGCUCGUUAAGCGCAGCGCGACAGGCGUGUUCCAGCGUUGCGUCGAGCAGGAAAAGGGUAUAGAGAUCCUCCUCGACAUGCACCAGGGCAAGUGCGGGCACCACGCCACCUCCAGGUCCCUGGUGGCCAAGGCUUUUCACCAUGGUUUCUACUGGACCACGACCCUCAAGGACGCCGAGUCGCUCGUCAUCAAGUGCGAGGGAUGCCAACGCUUCAGCAAGCGCAACCACCAGCCGGCUUCAGCCCUGCAAACCAUCCCGAUCACCUGGCCCUUCACGGUCUGGGGGCUCGACAUGGUGGGACCCUUCCAGACCGCUCGAGGCAGCAUGAUGCAUUUGAUAGUGGCAGUUGAGAAGUUCACCAAGUGGAUCAAGGCACGGCCGAUCAAGAAGCUGGACGGGCCAACAGCCAUCCGGUUCAUCAAAAACAUCGCGGUGCGCUACGAUGUCUUGCUCAGCAUCAUCACGGACAAGGGCACCAAAUUCGCCAAGGGCGCGCUCACGCAGUACUGCUCCGUCUCCGACAUCUGGCUCGACUUGGCCUCCAUCGCUCAUCCUCAAUCCAGCGGCCAGGUCAAGCGGGCCAAUGGCCUCAUCCUAUCCGGCAUCAAGCCAUGGCUCGUCGAACCCCUCAUCCGUUCACCCAGCAGCUAG